AUGUCUUUGAUGGAUAUCACUCUUUUGAUGACUUCCGCCGGCAGUACUCAGAAAAAGGUUGGUCAUCCGCCGAAGGACGGUGCGAUUGUCUCAGAAAAAGUUCGUGAAGAUGCUAUGAGCAAGAUAAAUAUCUUCAGAUCGUGGGUUGAAGAGCAGGUGUUAAAUGCUAGUAACGAUGCUACGUUGAGGGUAGUGAUUGUGCCUCAGGGACGCCCCGGUGCAAACUAUAGAGACGGUACCCCCGGGACGUAA